UGGCGGUAGCACAAGAACGAUAGCAACAUGGACGGAUACGACACUGCAUCACCUUCGAAGAGCCCCACGCCUCAUGGACACAAGAAAUGGGUCAAGAAGGAGAAGAUUGGCCAAGGUGCGCAAGGCACGGUGUAUCGUUGCGUGGACGCAUCGUCAGGCCGUAUCGUGGCCGUAAAAGAAGUCAACACGAAAGGCUUGUCCGAGCACGAAAUUGAAGCAUUGACGAGCGAAGCCACCGUGAUGAAAAGCUUGCCGCAUAAACACAUUGUCCAGUACCAUGGCGUGAAGCAAAAGAAGCGAACGCUGGAGAUCUCCAUGGAAUACAUGCCUGGGGGAUCGCUGAGUGCGUACAUUCGUGCGGUCGGAGGGAGUUUGACCAUGGAGAGGACCAAACAAUACACGUGGCAGCUUGUUCGAGCCGUGCAGUUCUUGCACGACCACCUUAUCGCACACCGGGACAUCAAAAGCGCCAACGUUUUGCUCUCGGGCGACCAAUCGCAGAUCAAAUUGGCUGAUUUUGGCGCGUUAAAAGAGAUCGGCAGCGUGUCAGUGGUCGGGGGCUUGAAAGGAACCCCCCAUUGGAUGGCCCCAGAAGUGAUCAAGGAGCAGCAGACCAGCGAAGGGUGGAUGAAAGCGGAUAUUUGGAGCUUGGGCUGCACUGUAUUGGAAAUGCUGACUGGGCGAACGCCGUGGCAAGAGUACAGCAACCCCCUCACCGCCAUGUACAAGAUCGUAUCGAGUGAAUCAACUCCCAAAGUGCCGGCGGACCUACCCCCCGAGGCCACAUCGUUUCUGACUGUGUGCUUUCAACGGGACCCUGCCAAGCGUCCGACCGCGUCCGAGUUGCUCCACAGUGCAUUCUUAAAGUCCAUCCGAAAGAUGAAGAAAAAGGCACGAGAGAUGGGGGCAGACUCACCAAAGGCUCAUGAAGCCGACAACAACGAACCCAUCACUACCACGGGGCUGUCCCCCCGAUCGUUUUAUCAUGACGAGGUUACGUCGCCGCAGCAUUCAGUUGUCGAUUCCAUGCCCAAAUCCAAGGCUCUGGGGCAGCUACUCGACGACAAAUUGAAUGCACCCAGGCAACGAAAGGCAAAGAAACCCAUCAAGCUCGAGCCGUUGGUUGUCGGACACACCUCGAAUCAAGAAAAGAGCACUCCGCGAACCAAGGCCAAGGCGGCUGAUGCGAAGCCACCAUUGGACAACCACCCGUUGAUGUCUCCAGUUUCCAAGUUGGGGUCUCCAUUUCCAGACAUUCGAUUGAGUUCGCCGGUGAUGUCGCCCCAAACCUCUCCCGCGGGAUCCAUACUGUCGGGGGCCAAGUCCAUGGCGGAAGCCGGGUUUCCCACCCUCAAGAUGCGCCCCGAACUACGCAGAAUUGCAACGGCGCCCCAGUCGGUUAAGCGAUUGGGCGACUCUUCCCCCAAGGCCCUGAAGCUGCCCCCGUUGUCAGCACGAGGCGUGCCGGCUCAAAGUGCAAGUCCAGUGGAGUUUGAUAGGAAUAGUAACAACGCAUAACUUUCGCAUAACACGCUGAGCACCAGUCAUCAGAACCA